AUGAAUUCUUCGACUCUUGGUUUCGUUGUCGCACAACGAGCUGCUCAAGCCAACCUUCAUACCCGAGCUAGCAACGGCUCUCAGGAGAAGAAUCUACCUGGAAUUCUUGGAAACCAAAAUUAUACACUUGUACGAUUCCGCUUCCCCAUACGAUUAGCAGCCAUGGCCGCCGCUCAGUCGACCCUCGACACGCCCCUGGCCACAGCAGAUUCCCUCCUGAUGGGCACUGCCAAUGCUACCGUCCGUGAGAGUGGAAUCAUCGCUGCUGCCGUCGCCGAGUUCCAGCAGUCUCCCAUUCGAUAUACCGUCUCGACCCUCCUUGUCACCGUCCUCGUAUAUCUCUACAGACGGUCGAUUCCAGCGCUCGACGCAAAAGAGCCACCGCUGAUGCUUCCCCAGAUCCCGUUCGUUGGCCACCUCAUCGGUCUCAUCAGGAACCAGGCAGAAUACUACACAAAUCUACACAACAAGACUGGAGCUGCCAUCGCCACGCUGCCCAUGCUCGGCGGCAAGACAUAUGCCAUCUGGGAUCCUGCCCUUGUCCAGUCCGCUCUCCGCCAGAAGACUCUCAGCUUCGAGCCAUUCGCCGUCGACUUCCUGCAAACCAUGCUGGGCAUGAAGGAAGAGUCCUACAGGGCCUUCCGAGAGAUUCCCGAGCUCGUGGUCGAGUUCUUCGACGCCCUCCAUGUGACGGUCCGUGGCGAGCCGCUGCACCGCAUGAAUGCCACGGCCCUCAACUACAUUUCGUCUCGACUAGACGGGAUGAAGGGAAGCAGCGAGGUGCCCAUCGACAACUUCUACCUCUGGCUGCGCGAGCUGAUGACCUCGGCAACAACCACCGCCCUCAUGGGCCGCCAGAACCCUCUCCUCAAAGACCCCCAGCUUGUCAAUGACCUGUGGACCUGGGAAGCGGCCAUCCCCACCAUGCUCAUCACCCCGUGGCACCCCGUCACCAACGCCGCGGGAUUCCAGGCCCGCGAGAAGCUCCAGAAGGAGCUCGGCAGAUACUACGCCGCCCGGGGCGACGAGGACGAGACCGCGGCGGCCGUGACCCGCGAGCGCGCGGCGGUUCUCCGAAAGUACGGCCUCCCCGACAGCGAAAUCGGCAGGUUCGAAGCCAGCCUGCUCCAGCUCGCCACGGGCAACACCAUCCCCACCACCUUCUGGAUGGCCGCGCACGUCCUGGCGCGGCCCGGCGUCGUCGCCCGGCUCCGGAGCGAGCUGGACCCCCUCGUGCGGCGCGAGCCCGGCAGCGACGUGGCCGCGCUCGACGUGGCCGCGCUCGAGGACGCGUGCCCCCUGCUCGUCAGCUGCUACCGCGAGUCGAUCCGGCUGUCCAACCACGCCCUCUGCGUCCGGCGCGUCAUGGAGGACACGGUCGUCUCCGACGGGCGCGGCGGCGCCUCGUACCUCCUCCGGAAGGGCGCCGACGUGCAGAUCCCCGCGGGCUACACGCACCGCGCCGAGGAGGUCUGGGGCGCCGACGCGGCCGAGUUCCGGGCGGACCGGUUCGUGGGCCGGCAGGCCGACAGGGCCAGGAGGGCGGCGUACAUUCCGUUCGGGGGCGGCAGGCACCUCUGCCCCGGGCGCAACUUUGCCUCUGCCGAGAUUCUGGGGGCCGCGGCGGCGCUCGUCCUGGCAUUUGAGGCGUCGGGCUACGGGGAGGGCGGAGCCGUGCGGCUGGUCGGGAUGGCGGGCUCGACGAUUUUGGGGGGCGCGUCGAAGCCCCUGGGGCAGGGGGAGGGUAUGGGCCUUGUCCUCCAGAGGCGGCUGGGGUGGGAGCAUGUUAGUUUUGAGUUUGGGGUUGCGAAGUAG